AUGUCGCAACCAAUUUCCGCCGUUGUUUCGGUCUCGUCUUUCUUGUCGAAAAAGAAAGACGAGCAGCUAAAGAAGAAACCCAUUGUUUCCAUUGAGCAUGUCACUUAUGACGAUGAUUUGGAGGAAAAAUCAGAAGUUGUACGGGGAUUGAAGUCUCGCCAUAUUCAAUUGAUUGCCCUUGGAGGUGCAAUAGGUACUGGGUUAUUCAUUGGAUCCGGCAGUGCGUUAAGUGUCUGUGGACCAGCUCCAUUAUUGACGUCUUAUAUGAUCACUGCGUUCUGUGUUUGGCUAGUUAUGAAUCAACUUGGUGAGAUGGUUAUUUUUCUUCCAAUAUCUGGAAACGCCUCGGUAUAUGCGUUGACCAAAAAAUAUCUUAACUCCCCACUCUCGUUUACCGCCGGAUGGAAUUUGUUUUACGCUCAAGCUAUGGUUCCACCCAGUGAGGUCACUGCUUGCGCUCUUAUCAUUGAGUACUGGACCGAUGCAAAUUCUGCAAUUUUCAUCUCCAUUUUUGGCAUAGCGACUAUAGGCAUGAACUUUCGACCAGUUAAGUACUACGGAGAAAGCGAGUUUUGCGUUGCUAUAAUCAAGAUUUUGUGUAUUACUGGUUUGAUCAUACUAGGAGUGGUUAUCUUUUUUGGCGGUGGCCCUAACCAGGAUGGAGUUUUGGGCUUUCAUUACUGGAAACAUCCCGGAGCGUUUGUCGACUACCUUGUGCCAGGAAAUACAGGCAGGUUUUUGGCUACAUGGACUGCAAUUGUUAAGAGCGGGUUUGCUUUCGUGCUAACCCCUGAAAUUCUUGCAUCGUGUGCUGCUGAAGCGGAGAAUCCUCGAAGGUCAAUGCCAAAAGCUUUUCGUAGAGUCAUUUACCGCUUGAUUUUCUUUUAUGUUGGAGGCGUUCUAGUUAUUGGAGUGAUUGUUGCGUCGAACAAUUCGAGAUUGAUGAGUGCUAUUGCCGCUGGAAAGUCGAAUGCAGCUGCUUCCCCAUUCGUGAUUGGCAUUAGCGAAGUAGGCAUCAAAGUAUUGCCCCAUAUUGUGAAUGCUUGUUUCUUGACUAGCGCAUACUCGGCGGGUACUAGCCAGCUUUAUGCAGCUUCCAGAUCUCUUCAUUCUAUGGCAAUCAAUGGUGACGCUCCCAGAAUUUUUGGAAAGCUUAACAGAUGGGGAGUUCCGUACUAUAGUGUUGGACUUGGAUCGUUGUUUAUCUUCUUGUCCUAUCUCAAUUGUUCCAACACUAGCUCUACAGUGUUUGCUUGGUUGUCUAAUAUUGUCUCAAUAUCAGGAUUUCUCAGUUGGAUGUUCGUUGGUAUUUGUUACUUGAGGUUCAGAAACAUAAUCGACUAUCUUGACUUGAAUGAUAGAAUUCCCUACAGGGUGCCGCUCAUGAGGUACGGUGCAUACUUCACAACAGGGUUUUUUGCCAUUUUGUCACUUACCAAUGAGGUUUUACGUCUUUUUCCCACAAAAUUGGUCUACAAGUAA